AUGUACCCCGCUAAGAAGUACUGCGAUAUAACGGGGCUGGAGGCGCCCUACACGGACCCGCACAGCAAGCUGCGCUACGCCAACCCCGCCGCCUUCGCCAUCGCGCGCUCGCUCCCCCACCCGCACGCGCAGGCCUUCCUCGCGCUCAGAGGCGCGCAGACCAUCGUGGCGCGAUUCGCAGACACAGUGAUGGGGUACAGGGAGGCGGAGGAGGGGCGGCUGGCAGUGGGGCGCACGUGGGAGGAGAGCCAGGCGCUGCUGCUGCAGACGGAGGCAGCGCUGCUGCUGCCACGACGGCUGGACUUCAAUGGUGCUGUGGACGUGGGUGGGUUGCUCUCACGGCUCCACCGCAGUGCUUGCAUCGAGUUGAUCCCAGAUGAAACUGGCAUUCUGUGUCCCUCCUUUCCCUCUUCCUCUUCCUCCUCCUCCUCUUCCUCCCAGACCCCCUCGCCUCUCGCCCCGCUCACAGCCCUCCUCUCCUCUGCUGCCACGUGUCCCCAUCUCCUCCACCGCAUCCGCACCGCCAUCAACCCCCGCCUCAAGUCUCUCGCUGACUCAGCAAGCGCUGAGCUGGCAGCCAUCCGCGCCGCCAGGCGGGACAACCGGCGCCAGCUGGACGAAUCAUUGCAGAGAGCAGCGCGACGUGUGGUGGAGGGAGGGGGGAUGGAUGAGGCUCAGGUGAGUAGGAGGAGAGGGAGAGGGUGCGUGGCGGUGCGAGCAGGGAAGAAGAGUGCCGUCACACCGGGAGGGGUUACCUUAGAUGUUAGUAACACCGGCGCUACACUCUUUGUGGAGCCUGUAGAGGCUAUCGAGUUGAACAAUAACGAAGCAGAGCUGAGUGGGCAGGAGGCGGAGGAGGAGAAGAGGGUGCUGCGGGAAAUGGCCGAGCAUGUGGCGGAUUGUGCGCCGUUGAUUCGAGAUCUGACGGACAGGAUCGUUGCGCUGGACCUGGCGUGUGCCCGUGCAAGGCAUGCCCUGUGGAUGGGUGCCUCCCCGCCUGUCCUCCUUCCCCCCACACACCCUCUCUCCCAUGCUCAUGGGGAUACAAGUUCAGGAGUAGAUACACCUGGGGGCACUGGUACAGGGGGAAACAUUCUUGCAGGGAGAGAAUCCGAUAAAAUCGAAUCUUACGCGGUUGAGAUUCGCGGGAUACAGCACCCAGUGCUGCUGGAGAUGUAUCUAGACCUGCUGGUGCCGGCCGGCGUGGCAGUGGUGGUCAUCUCCGGCUCCAAUGCAGGCGGCAAGACGGCCGCCCUCAAGACCCUCGGGAUUGCCGCGCUCAUGGCCAAGGCAGGGCUCUUUCUGCCCCUCACAGGGGCGCUAAAGGGGGGGGAGGCGGGCCAGGGGAUGGGGGAAAGCGGAGAGGAUGGAGAACAAGCGAGGGGGCGAGUGGCGGUGGUGGCGUGGUAUGACCGCGUGGUGGCGGACAUUGGAGACGAGCAGUCGUUGGAGCAGAGCCUCUCCACCUUUAGUGCCCACAUGCGCCAAGUCUCCCGCAUCCUCCUCGCCUCCUCUCCCUCGUCCCCUUCCUCUCCCUCCUCGGCCUCCUCCCCUUCCUCUCCCGCGUUAUCUUACUCUUCCCCCUCCUCUUCCUCCGCCUCCUCCUCCCCUUUCUCCUCCUCAACUCUCAUCCUCCUGGACGAGGCGGGCAGUGGCACGGACCCAUCAGAGGGAGCGGCGCUCGCAGCGGCCAUUCUGAAGCACCUGGCGGGGUGCAAUGGGCUCACACUCGCCACCACUCACUACGCUGACCUUAAGAAGCUCAAGGUAGGGAGGGAGGGAGAGUGGGCGAAAGGGAGAGUGGGGGGGGGAGGAAUGUCAGAGCGCACACUACUCACGCUCGCCGCCACUCACUACGCUGACCUUGAGAAGCUCAGGGUACGUAAGGGUCUCCCAUGCUCUCUCCUCUGUCUGACCAGUCUUCUAACACCCCCUUAUUCCGUUCACCCUCCUGGCACUGUCCCCUCCUUCCGUCAGGCGGCCGAUUCCCGGUUUGAGAACGCCAGUGUGGCGUUCGACCCAGUCUCCCUGCGCCCCUCCUUCCACAUCCUCUGGGGUCUCCCCGGCACCUCCCACGCCCUCUCCCUCGCUGCCUCCCGCGGCCUGCCCCCCUCCCUCGUUGCCAGAGCUGCCAGGCUGGCCCGUGCUGCCACUUUGGAGGCAGGGGAAGAGGAGGGAGGAGGGGGGGAGGCGGAGGAGAAGGAGGACGGGGAGAAGGGAAGGGGAAUAAGGGAGAGAAGGCAAGGGGGAGAGAGUGAGGAGGAUGAGUAUGCUACUCUGGGAGGGGGGAGGGAAGAGGGUGAGGAAGUGGGAAUACUAGCGUCACUCAAGCAGCAGUGGCAGCGGAACGUGGAGUACGCGAGAGAGGCAGCAGAGGCAAGGCAGCAAGCAGAGAGGCUGUUGAAGGACGUUCAGGCCCACCAUACCACGCGGCGGGGCCAGCAGGAGCAGCCUCUGCCUGUCAGGGAGGUGCUUUGGAAAAGACGAUAUCAGAGAGAUGUUCAGGAGGAAGUAUUGGCAGCGAGACAGGAGAUUUCCCGUGCUGUUGCCGCUUUCCAGGAAGCUUCCCUUGCUGGUGUGCCGGAGCGGGCAGCGACGGACCGGGCCUGUGCUGACGUGGCAGCAGUGGCGGCUUUGACGGGCCUCUCUCCCGAGGCUAACCCUGCUAUAGGUUCGGAUGCUUCGGUUGGUGGCUCGGCGGGAGACCCAGGAGGGAAUGACUGGGUUCCUGUUCUGGGAGAGCCUGUGUAUGUGAGGAGGUUCGGGACCAAUAUGCGUGGUACGGUGGUGGCAGUGGGCAGUGGUUCGGGAGAAGGCUCGGCAGAAGCAGCCGCUGCUCGGUCUGUGACGGUUCAACUGGGAAAUCUGCGAUUGCAAGUGCAGAGAGCAGACCUCCUUCCCGCCGCCGAUGGCAGUGAUGGUGGUGGACAGAGCAGGACAGAUGGAGAGGCAGGAAGGAGGGGGGGAACAGGAGGACUGUUUGGCAGCCAAUGGGAGCAAGAUGACGACAGCAACAGCAACACCAACUCAAAUAAUACUCGUGUCUCGAAGCGUGGCGGUCAGUUCCCCUCCCCGUCCUCCUCCUCUUCCUCCCCUCUGCCAGCAGUCAGAGAGGCAGCUGUGCAGACAGCACGGAACACAGUGGAUGUGAGGGGGCAGAGUGCAGAGGAUGCAUUAGCAGCGGUGGACCUAGCAGUGCAGUCCAGCCCGCCUGGUGCUGUGCUCUUCAUUGUGCAUGGGCUUGGCACGGGCGUGCUUCGGGCAGCUGUGCUGAAAUAUCUUUCGGGCAGCCCGCUGGUUUCGCGGCACGAGGCGGAGAGCAGGUUGAAUAUUGGGUGUACUAUUGUUUACAUUGGGUGA